UUUUUUUCCUGCCUCGGUACGGGAGCCGAGCGGGGACCAGCUAGUUACGCAGCGGCCGUGGGUCUCCACCCGAGAGUAUGGCGGCUGGGGUUGCACAGGAAAGCGAGGGUGAAGCGGAGACAUGCCGGAGAUGGUGAAAAAGAAACAAAGAGACGCAAGUUCUUUAAUUACGUGUGGAAAUAGUUUUAGUUGGUGCUGUUUUCUUGAUGCGGCAUCCGACUUGAAAAACUGCGUCUGCAGUUCAUUGUAGGGGCUAAGCCAGCGUUUUACCACUGUCCUCGAUGGAGCAAGUUUGUUUUUUUUCUGAUGCAGAGUGAGGGGUGAGCUAAGCAGAUGAAAACCCGCAGGCUCCACAUCAUCGGGCGAUAUUUUCUUCUUCUUCCCAGGGCACAUUUUUGGACAAUUGCAGUCACCGGAUGCCCGUAUAUCUGUCAGUGUCUGGCCUGCAUGGGGGAAUUUCUACAAUGAAAUCCAUCUUGGGGCACCGAGUCUUUGUGCUCUGCCAUAGCUGAGCAGCAGCGAGCAAGACUGUGUUAUUGACAACCCGUUCAAAAUGGGACACGAAUGGUGAAUGUAAUUCGUACGGGAACAUUUUGAGUUCAUGUCAAUGACGCGCGGAGAUUUGAUAACGUUACCGUACGACUUGAUUUAAUCCACGAUGCGCGAGUAUAAAGUGGUGGUCCUGGGCAGCGGUGGAGUCGGGAAAUCCGCCCUCACUGUGCAGUUUGUAACCGGGACGUUCAUUGAGAAGUACGACCCCACUAUUGAGGAUUUUUACCGCAAGGAGAUCGAGGUGGACUCCUCACCCUCGGUUCUGGAGAUCCUUGACACCGCUGGUACCGAGCAGUUCGCUUCCAUGCGGGACCUUUACAUCAAAAACGGUCAAGGAUUCAUUCUGGUCUAUAGCCUCGUCAACCAGCAAAGCUUCCAGGACAUCAAGCCGAUGAGGGAUCAGAUCAUAAGAGUGAAAAGGUACGAGAAGGUUCCUGUGAUCCUGGUGGGGAACAAAGUGGACCUGGAAAGCGAGAGGGAGGUAUCGUCCAGCGAAGGUCAGGCCUUGGCCGAGGAGUGGGGCUGCCCGUUCAUGGAGACCUCGGCCAAGAGCAAAACCAUGGUAGACGAACUGUUCGCUGAGAUCGUUCGGCAGAUGGACUACGCCGCCCAGCCGGACAAGGAUGACCCCUGCUGCUCCUCUUGCAAUAUACAAUAGCCCUGGGGGCCUCGAGGAACAGGCCAGGCAAAAAGUCUACUUAGAUGAAGCUACUUCGACCCGCAGCAGAGAGACACACACACUUAGACACACACGCGCCAAUUAAACAGAAGAAAAAUUCAUGGUUGAACGCAAUGGAUUUUACUCCACAGAGCAUAAAAUCAGCAGUGACAUGAAUAUUAAUAACGACAUGUUAGUAAUGAAUACAUUUUGAAUGAGGAAUGCUUGGAAUUUGCCACAAGAGAAAUUGACAAAUGACAAAAAAGGAACAUGCCCUCGCCUUAUGUUACUCCCUUCUGUUGUUUGGGUUUGUUUUGAUCUUUUUAAGUAUGGGGGGAAAUCAUCAGCAAACCGUCCCAGAUCAGGAUCUUUACUCUUUAGGUUGUUCUACAAUCUGUUAUAAAUAAGUCAAAUGUUUGUAUUACAGGAGACCCAUUUUUUUGUUGUUGCCAUGACUUGGUUGCAAGUAGCUACUGUGCACAAAUCCAAAACAGAUUUCUGGGAUCCAGUUGUUUUGAAUAUUGAGGAGUAUUUGAUUUAUAGUAUGUACAAUUUUUCUCCCAGCUUAUUUUGUGCAGAGGUUGGUGGGAUGUUUUCUACUCAUCACAGGGCUGAACCAAAGAGGUGACUUGAAAGCGCCUCCAUUUUCUUAUUUUUUUAUUUCACCAGUCGUUAAAAAAGCAAGGGUGAGAACAUAUUGGACAAGUCAGUGUCUUUCUUGAAACAUUGGCACAGUCAUCUCUUUCCUACUUUCUCACUUUGAGAUACAAUACUAGUCUUUUACAUAUCGUGGGAUAUUUUGUUUUCCUCUCUAGGAGACUCUGAGAGCAGAUUGCCGAGUAGUAAUGUAACUAAUUGCGUCAUCCUGAUGGGACAAAAAGUUCUUAUCUUUUCAGUGUUUGAAUAUCAACAGAUGAUCUCUCUUUUCAGGAGUGGGUGACAUUUAAAGUGAAGAUGCCAACAUGUGUCCUACUUUACAUUUUCUUUUUCUCCUCCGAUCAAUAUGAAAUGAGGUGCUCAAGAGUUUCAACAUCCUGAUCUCAUUCUGUAUGUGCUCAGAGUAUUCAAAUCCAUAGUAACGACAAAGGCGAUGAUGAUAAUAAGAAUAAUAAAUGGUAGUGUAAAUAUUUUGUAUUGAAAGUGCCAGCUCCUGUUAAGACACUGACUCAAAACGUGGAAUUGUCAACUGUAUGCAUGGCUAGUUAACAAAAAAGGACUCUUAUUGUUUGAGAUAAAUAUAGGCUGUGGAAUUGUGCAAACCAAACACAUACACGUCUGGAUCUGGACACUGGCUCAACUGUACAUCUGUGUUGCCACGGGAACCAGACUUUCCCCGUGUAACCAUUUUCAUUGUUAAUUUUAUAUUUUUUUAUGUGACCAUUUACUCUUUAUUCCCUCUCUGAAUAAUGACACUGUUACAUUUGACACCUAAACAAUAAAAGUGCGUUCAACACUCGA